UUCAACUCUUUAGCUCAAACACAAACAAAAACAAAAAUGUCUGGUUUUUUAAAAGACAAACUUUCAAGUAAGACCUCAAUCUUCGGUCUAAGAUUCUGGGUUGUUCUUGGAAUUUGCCUUGGUGCCACCAUUGUUAUUAUCAUCUUGUUACUUUCCCUUUAUUUCACCAAAAGAAACAAAUAUUUAAAAAAGCCCAAACCUUCACCUCAAAAACCCACCAUUAUUUCACACACCACCGACGAAAUCCAGUCAAACCCGGUCGGGUUGACCCGACCCGAAACCCAACAAACCAACCCACCCGACAAGAUUCAGUACCAGGCAGAAAACCCAGUAACAGAUUCGGAAUCUUUAGCUAUAGUAACACCCCAUGCAGGUGAAACUGAUGCUAGUAAUUUAAAUGGGUAUGAAAAGAUCCAGAUUGAGAUCGGAAAACUUAAAGCGAACCGGAUUGCUUAUCCGGGUUAUGGUGGCGGGUCAAGUUAUGGAAGUGGGUCGGGUGAACAGUCUUCAGUUGUUUCGGUUCAACCCGAAGUUUCGCAUUUGGGUUGGGGACAUUGGUAUACUUUGAGAGAACUUGAGGUUGCAACAAAUGGAUUUUCAGAUGAGAAUGUGAUUGGUGAAGGAGGAUAUGGAAUUGUUUAUUCUGGUGUGUUGACUGAUAAUACAAUGGUUGCUGUUAAGAAUUUGCUUAAUAACAGAGGACAAGCCGAGAGAGAGUUUAAGGUUGAAGUCGAAGCGAUAGGGCGUGUUCGUCACAAGAAUCUAGUGAGGCUGCUUGGAUAUUGUGCUGAAGGAGCUCAAAGGAUACUUGUUUAUGAGUAUGUAAACAAUGGAAACUUAGAACAAUGGCUUCACGGGGAUGUUGGACCAACUAGUCCUCUUACAUGGGAGAUCCGUAUGAACAUUAUACUUGGAACGGCUAAAGGGUUGACUUAUCUACACGAAGGACUCGAGCCCAAAGUGGUUCACCGUGAUAUUAAGUCUAGUAAUAUUUUACUUAAUAGACAAUGGCACCCUAAAGUUUCAGACUUUGGCUUAGCCAAACUUUUGGGCUCAGAAAAGAGCUAUGUCACGACUCGAGUCAUGGGAACGUUUGGAUACGUUGCUCCUGAAUAUGCUAGCACAGGCAUGUUGAAUGAAAGAAGUGACGUUUACAGCUUUGGGAUUCUUAUUAUGGAGAUUAUUAGCGGUAGAAACCCUGUAGAUUAUAGUCGGCCUCCAGAUGAGGUGAAUCUUGUGGAUUGGCUCAAAGCGAUGGUGACAAAUAGGACCGCAGAAGGGGUUUUAGAUCCUAAAUUACCCGAAAGACCAUCUUCUAGAGCUUUGAAGCGGGCCUUAUUAGUGGCGUUACGCUGUGUGGAUCCCAGUGCUCAAAAGAGGCCUAAAAUGGGUCAUGUGAUUCAUAUGCUAGAGGCUGAUGAUUUUCCAUUUAGAGAUGAACACAGAGGAAACCGGGAAAACGGUAGAGAGCGGUUGAUGGAAAAAAGAUACAUCGAGUCUGGUGACAGUAGCGGUUACGAGAGCAGUAGAGCCCCCACGACAUCUAAUUAGCACUUAGAUUAAACCCAUGGUUAGGAAGCUUACAUCUGUAGAUAUCGUUGUUCAUUCAUUCAAUUUGUGUAAGUUUAGUAGUUUGCCUUUUUAACCCAUUCGCAACACCAUUUUGUUUUUGUAGUUCAGUGUUUGUGUUUAACUGUUGUAAGAAAAGAAUGAAGAUGGGAACUAAAACCGGCCAUGUUAUUGUUAUUUUGUA